CCAGCAUGAGUUGCGACAACAAUCAGUGAACCUUCAACAUUGAGACACCUGUCUUAGCAACAGCGCAUCCAGAAACGAUGGACAACUCCUGGACAUGACCUCCCCGUUUGAGCGCCUCCCAGCCGAGCUCUUCGACAUCAUCGCAGCCCACUUGGACCUACCAGGAUAUCAAACGGUCCGCUUGAGUUCACAGCGACUCCAUUUGCUAAGCCUGUCAACCUUCACCAAAAAGUACUUCACGAAAGUCAUCACCACACUCGGUUCCCCGUCGCUGGAUCGUCUCGUGCACGUGGCGAACCACAGUCAUCUGUCGAGACUGGUGACGACAUUGGAGAUCAGGCUGCUCAACCACCGCAACUACAAGGACUUGAUCAAGAUUGCGCGGGUCGGCCUCUUCCCGCCGCCAAAGCGCUUCCCCAAAGUCUCCUGCGUCCGGAACCAAGACAUCGUACAAGAAUCCACCUUGUAUGAUGACGUGCACGCAAACAGGCAGGCAAAAUGCAUCACUGAGCGCCUCACGCGAGCAAUGCGGGGCCUCUCCAACCUCACAUCGAUCUGUUUCCGCGCGCACGAUAUCGAGCCGCUGGAAUGGAAAACCAUCGACGUGCCUGAAGGUGACGAAGUGUUCCGCUCACGCUGUCUGCGCGCUGUGCUUGACGCGAUACUGCAAAGCGCCAUCUCCCUCUCCACCUUCACCAUGGGCAAAGAGAAAGGCGUCACGUUCAGCAAAUGCGCGAACGUCCCGUACCCGGCGCUGCAGCUCCCGCCCGAGUAUCUCCAGAGACUGCGCCCAAACUUUGAAGCGCUGACGCACUUGACGCUCUCCAUUGUGGCAGCGCACAACGGACACCACCGCCUCCCCGGCUGGGAAAACGGGCUUUCGCGCUUCGUUUCCAGCGCACCGCGUCUGACGUCGCUCGCGCUGUCGCUCGAUCGCAAAGCUCAAGUCUCCCAGUACGGAGCGCGCAUCAUGCGCUCGCUCUCCGACACAAUACAGCUCGAGCGUCUCUCGAGCUUGCAAAUCUUCAAUACGACGGUGCACGAGUCAGACCUCACCAAAUUCAUAAAGACGCACGCUGAAACCUUGCAAGCCAUCAACUUGACUAAUCUGUGUCUGUUGACGGGGAACUGGCUGGCUUUGCUGUCUGCGUUCAAACGUGUAGAGAGCUUGCAGACGCUGAGAUUGUCGUCCAUCAACGGCGUAGGGAGCCCCGUGCAGUUCCGACACCGCGACCGGGAGCGGCGAAAGAUCACGCUCGACACUGCGCGGUCCGGGCAGACUAUGGGAGCGAUGCUGGACCAACUGGUCGCGGACUGUCAGGUCGGCGCGAGUGUGGCGGCCAUAUAUGCACUGAGUAGUGUAUCGUAGAUGUUUCGAGUAGUGUGUCGUAGAUGUCUCUUGUGUCCAACUGGAGCCGCCGUCAUAUCCUGGGGUUUGCAUGGUGGCUUUGUUAAGAAGAGGAAAGCUUGGUGUUGCUGGUGCGGGACGGCACGAGAUCCGGCUUUUGACGUGUCUAGAGGGGUGUUUGGGAACCGGAUAUGCGGGACGUUUCUUCCAAGAUGCGGUGUAGAUGGCGGAAUCUUGAAAUGCGACUCACGUAUGCAGCCAUCACGCUUAGUCCGGAUCUCUCCUGCGACCACCGCUGUGGACCAGGCAGUUGCACCAGAGUGUCACAGUCCUCAUGCGCAGCAGAGCAGACUGCAGUGCAGGUGCGUGUAAC